CUUGUUCUAUCAGCUGUGCAUUUACACUUGGGUGGCAAGUUAAGUCACGUGCGUGAGAAAUUAAAGAGGAAGAAGACCGUGGCGGCGGACCUACCAGGAGAAGUAGUCUACUGGGAGAUACUCACCCGACUCCCAAUCAAAUCUGCGGUACGUUUUAAAUGUGUAUCUAAAUCAUGGCUAUCUCAAAUCUCUAGUCCCAAAUUUGCAAAAAGACACCUCACUUGCAACGCCACUCAAAACCCUAGUGACUAUGACCGUCUCAUUGCUCAAAAAGAAAACAAAAUUGUCAUUCUUUCUCACUACAAUGAAACAUUUGCACUCCCAUUUUCUUGUCGCGGUUUAGUUGGUUCUGUUCGUGGCCUAGUUUGUCUUAGUCAUGACGAGAAGUUGUCUUUGUGGAACCCUGCAAUACAUCAAUCCAAGGAAUUCACUCUUCCACCAAACUGUUUUGAUUAUAUUGAAUAUAUGGGAUUUGGUUUUGAUCCCGUAAGUAAUAACUUCAAGGUUGUGCUUUUGUCAAGUGAUUUUAGGUCUGCUAGUGUAUACAACUCUGACUCCGAUUCUUGGACUAAUGUAUUUGUUCCUGAUAAUGUGCAUCUUCUUAUGAAAAAAGAAAGGACCUUCUUGACAGAUUCUAUGACUAUUGUAAAGGACUGUCCGUAUUGGAGAUUUAUUACAUUUGCUAAAGCGCCUGCUACAGAUACGACAGAUACGCUCACUCCAACUUCUUUGACACCGAUGAAGUUUGAUGCUGGAAGUAACGAUUUCAUUUUGUUGCCUGAAUUUCAUUUUGAUACGAGUGUACGUGCAGAGAGUGAUGCAUUUAGUUUCCAACUGGUGGAUAUGAAUGAUCAUCUUACUUUGAUAUUUUAUGAUCAAAACUCUUCAAAUCGUAUGCUGGAUAUAUAUUCUUUGAAGGGUGAGGAGGGAAGUUGUGUUUGGAGUCGGAUAUACAGUAUUGGACCGCUUGAUUUUCAUAAACGGCAUUGGUUUGUGUGUCAGGGAUUUUAUGGUGGCGAGAUUGUAAUUGAGGAUAAUGGAAUGUUUUCAUGUUUUGAUCAGAAAAGGGGUACAAUCAAGCGCCUUAGAACAACUGUUACAACUGUAACUGUUACCUCUUUAAGCUGCUUCAGAUAUACGCCUAGCAUGUUUUUUCUUGAAGGAAUGAAGUCUGUUUAUCUAAGAACCCAAACUCGCCGUACAACUGGUCUAUGCUCUAGAGUCCCUCGGCGAUUAGUCGAUUCAUUUAAAAAUUGAUCAUUUUCUUAAGGUUUGGGUUCGAAAGCUUAUUUUGGAAGUGGUUGCAGUGUGGCAGUGGUUACUGGUCAAAUAAUAUGCAGAUGCGGUUUUAAAAACAUUUAUAGAUGUGCUACUAGCCUAGAACUAUAAAUAUACUUGAUUAAGGUCUAGUUGUUUAAAUUGAAGUACUUUAUAUUCUCAACUAGCAAUUUUACUAUAUUGUUCAAACUUUAAACAUUGUGUGUAGUCUGCUUCUUGUUUAGAAUUUCUCGCUAUCUAGUACAUGUUUAGUUUUGUGGCUAA